AUGGCAUGGUGGUGGUGGUUCCUGCUGGGGCUGUGGACAGUCACACCUUCCUGGACUGGGAACAAGCUGAUCAAUGUCUGCAUGAACACCAAACACCACAAGAAAGAGCCGGGCCCAGAAGACAAGCUCUAUGAAGAGUGCAUCCCCUGGAAGGACAAUGCCUGCUGCACGGCCAGCACCAGCUGGGAGGCCCAUCUGGAUGAGUCCCUGCUCUAUAACUUCAGCUUGACUCACUGUGGCUUUCUGACCCCCAGCUGUCAGAAGCACUUCAUCCAGGCUUUCUGCUUCUAUGAGUGCUCCCCAAACCUGGGGCCUUGGAUCCAGCAGGUGGACCCACGUGGGCAGGUUGAGCGUAUUAUGGAUGUUCCCUUGUGCUGGGAGGACUGUGAGCAGUGGUGGGCCGACUGUCGCACGUCGUACACAUGCAAAUCCAACUGGCAGGGUGGCUGGGAAUGGAGUCGGGGGAAGAACCGCUGCCCUGAAGGGGCUCACUGUAGCCCCUUCCCCCAUUAUUUCCCCACACCAGCUGACCUGUGUGAGAAGAUUUGGAGCAACUCCUACAAGGCAAGCCCUGAACACCGCGGCAGUGGGCGGUGUAUACAGAAGUGGUUUGAGCCCACUCAGGGCAACCCCAAUGUGGCUGUGGCCCACCUCUUUGCCAGCCCUGCCCCAUCCUGGGAAAUUUCCCAUCCCCUCCUGGUCUUCUCUAUGUUCUUGUCAUUCCAUUCAUGA